GCAGGGAGGGCAGCGGAGGAGUCUGGGCGGCCGGGCGUCACAGCGCCUCCCCGGGGUCGCCGGAGCGGGCUAGGAAAACUCGGCCGUGGCUGGCCCCGUCUCCGUCCCGUUCCAGGCCGAGCGAGGAGGGGCCGGGCCGCCUGGAGCGCCGCAGGCUCGUGGGUGCUCUUGCCGUUUCGGGGAAAGCGACUGCGGCCAAUGGGAGCGAGGCUAGACCUUCGGCGUCCCGGCCGGCGUUCCGGCCGGCGUUCCGUGGGGGAUUCUGACGCGGCUUGAGAUCCGGAGGUGGCGCGGCCCCCAAACACCCAGAGCCGCAGAGUUCCAGGUUGUCAGCGGGAAGAGGUGUACCUUUUUAGAGCUACCCUGUCGCAGUCUUGAACUUCAAGAAAAGAUGUGGAGUGGGCUGUUGCCUCCUGGGCUAAAUGAAAGUGAUGUUGAGUCAGAUUCUGAAGAGGAAGCCACACCAGAGAAUCCAGGGCUUACGGAACUUAAUUUGCAGGAAGAUGGAAAGACUGACAACAGUAGGAAGCCCAAGAUGCCAGAUUUCCCAGCAGGCGAGCCAAAAGCUGAGACAGAGGCUGAUGCAAAUGCAUAUGAACAAUGUCCUUCUGGGAUUCCCUUAAACAUGUGGAAUAAAUUUCAAGAAUUGCAUAAAAAACAUUCUGAACAGAAAAAUUCAACGUCAAGAUUCAGACAGAAAAAAAGAAAACGCUCCAAAAAAGGCAAAUUGAAGAAUGAAAAAGAAUCUCACAGUGAGCAGUCCUCAAGUGAAACACAAUGGAAGGAACUUACUCAGUAUUUUGGAGCCAAUGAUAGAUUUGAACCCCCAGUUAAACAGAAAAAAGUUGAGAAGUCAGGCCUUGAAAAGAGGAUAGACCAGGCUGUGGAGGAGUGGGAUGUUGAGAAGGCUGAAGAGCUCAGCAACCAGCUAGCUACUCGAGAGCUCGGUGUAAAAAUUGCCAAAGCAAUUGCCUGCCAUAAAUUUGUUAAAGCCAAAAAGGAGGCUGAAAACUCACAGGCUGCUCGAAAGAAGAAGAAACUGGCGUGGGGGUUUGAAGCAAAGAAGAGAUGGGAAACUAAAAGCAACAUGGGAUAUAUGUAGCCUUGCAGAGUUCUUCAGGACAUUUAUUGAUAGGCUGGCAUGCUUCAUUUAUCAGAAAGAUUUUUUUCUGCUUAGGUUAAAAAUGUCAGAAAAUUGAUAAGGGUAGAAAAAGAUAAGCCUAAAACUUGGGAGCUGAUUAUAAACUCUUUGUGGUCUUUUUUCUAAGAAGUUUGUGAAGGAAAUGAACAUUUUUAUAUUUGUGUAAGAAAUUUUAAGCAUAUAUACAAGAAAAAAGGAUAAGGUUUUAUUUAUUUGUAUAAGCCUACAGUUUAAAAUUAAUUUUGUGUUUCAUCUGUCUGGCCUAGUAUAGCCUGUGAGGUCCUUGUACUUCCUUAUCUGUUCUUAGCAUGACUGCAACUGUUUCUAAAAUUUGAGUUUUUCAGAAUGGCUUUUGUUUAUAAUGGAUUAGUCAUAAAUAGAAAAAUUCUCAAUUGUUACUGACUUUACAAAUGACUUUAAUUGCUUUAAUGCUAUAAGAGUAAUUAUUGAUUCUUUUUGGAGGCAGUAGAAUUAAUAUUUUGUAGUCACAUAGUAAAAGCAAUUGAUUAAUUUUUGUGUAAUGUCAGUGGAAAUAAUUAUAGUAAAAAGUGGACAUAGUGUAUCUGGAGAAUGAUUUAAAUUCAGCUUUGCCUAGAAAAUGGCUUUCUAAAUAUCUCUCAGCCAUGUUAUUCUUUAAAUUACGAUUGUUCUUUGAAAAGAAAAUGGUCUGAUUGUGUUAGACAAAUAAUUGUAACUCAGGAUAUCAUAACUUUGGAUCGUCCAACAGCUCAUUUGUAUUUACCUCUUCUCCCACUACUCCUUAACAGAUGGAAUGAAUUAAUGAGGCUAAAGAGAGAACUAUAAUACUUGGGAAGUCAUUGUCCUUACAGUCCUAAUGGGAAGAGGCUUUGAAAAGUAAUUUGAUAACUGGCAAGACUAAAUGUGGACACUGCGAAAAAUUAGAUCAUAAUUACAUUAUUUUUAUACUUAAAGAAGUAACAAUUUCAUUAACUUAUGGUGAUACGUAAAUUUUCUUUAUAUAAAGAAUAAGUGAAUAAUUUGUUGCUCUUUAAGAGUUCAAAUGUCGCCUGGUGGUCUUGGUGCACAGAGACAGGUAGAACUCUGUGAGAUCAGGACAGCCUGGUCUAUAGAGUGAACUUCAGGAUAGCCAAGGCUACACAAAGAAACCCUGUCUCAAAAAAAAAAAAAAAAAAAAAAAAAAAAGUCUAAAUGUUAAAUCUUUUUUCCAUUUAACUAAGAAAAACCAGGGUACAAAAAGCAAGAUGUAGGAGAUUGGAUAUCCAACCUACUUGUCUUCAUACCUUUAAAAGGUAUCCAUUUAUAAAUGUUCCUGAGUACUGUUUACUUAUAGUAACCUACUUCACACUCUUAGUGAGUGAACGUAUACUUAACAGUAUAGGAAUAUUUUCUCCACCCACUACACAUAAGAUGUAGUAUCUUUGAGAAAGUUCUUAGUAUGAAUAGUUUCGUAUGUAAGGCCUCAGAACAUGCAUUCUCCUUGGGCCUCCACGCUACUUUUCUGUUUUCUUGUAUUCACCUAGGUCUCGUAACUUUUGUUGGCAUAUUAGGGUCAGGUUGUGGAGCCUCUGACUCAGUCUAAUCAGCAAAGCCCUCCUCACCCACACCAGUGUGGCACUUUACCUCUUGGUGCCCAUUCUGGUUUGUGUUUGCUUUUAAGAUACAUUUAUUUCCAUUUUAUAUGUAUGGGUGUUUUGCCUGCAUGUAUGUCUCUUGUACUGUGUGCAUGCCUGAUAUGCAUGGAGGCCAAAAAAGGUGUCAUAUCCCCUGGAACUGGAGUUAUAGUUAGUUGUGAGGUGCCUGGAUCCUCUGGAAGAGCAGCAGUGCUCUGAACCAGCGGAGUUUAACUGAGUGGAGAACAGUCAGGAGGGAGGGUGGUCAGAGAAGAGGACUCAGUUGGCAAAAAAAGUUACAUCUCCCAACUCCCUCCUCUUGUGGACAUGGAUUGCAGGAAGUUUUAAAAUAUAUUUCUGUGGCCAGAAAGUAGGAAGGAAGGAUUGGGUGAGAAAGCGGCACAGUGCUUUUGCUUGUUUAAUCUGCUGGUCUCCUAUUUGGUAUUAGUUUUAUUUGGGAUGAGUUUUAAUUUAACUUAGAUAUUUUAUUCAUUAGAACAAUAAAAUGAUAGCAUUAUUCUUAGAGUGUCAGUGUUGCCCAAGGGGUAUAGUCAUGGCCACAUUGAAAUAAGGGUUCUUUGUGGAUCAGUAAUAACUAUGGUUCCUGAAGCUUCAACUUGUUCAUUUACUACCUCCAGAAUGCUUGAAUCAGAUUAGUAAUGUGAUUGUCAGUUACUGUUGAGUGAGAUUAAUAUGUUUUAGGCCAUUGGUAUGGCAUUAAUGUAACAUGAUUUAUUGUCUAAGUACUUGAGGCCAGAAUAGCUUACUGAAGAACAGUAAUUUUGAGCUUUUACUGCACUGGUUUUGAGAAGUAAAGUUGGUAGUGCAUUCUUGUUUAGGAGCCCUCAGGAUGUUUCUGAUUUCAGCAGAACAUUCUAUUUCUUUCACCAAAAGGAGAGUUUGAAUAUGUAAUCUCAAGCUUGCUAUAAUUAGUUCUGAUGACAGUUAAAUACCUUAGCCAAGACUGUAAAUCAGCAGCUAAACUCUGAUUUUUGCAACUGAUCAUAAAUCUCAAGCACUGUGUUUUGGGGCAGGCGGAUAAAAGAGGGGCAGGCCUCGAACAGAAAUAAAGUGUCAUUGGAACUUUUGGUAACAGCUGUAAACCCCAUACUUAAAAUCUGAUACCGCUUACACUUUUUGUCUAAACUAUCUUUGAAGUCCUGUUGUAACUAGGUUAUUUACAGCCGAUAAGAAAGUUGAAUCCUUGUGUGUGUGUGUGUGUGUGUGUGUGUGUGUGUGUGUGUGUGUGUGGUGUGGUGUGUGCUGGUGCACACCUGGGUGUUCUUUAGCACUUUGUACCUCAUUGUAGAUGAGGCCUCAUUGAAGCUAGAGUGAGGGGAGCCCAUCAAGCCUUGUUCUUAUCUCUGCACUCCCAGCACUGGGGUGAUAGGCCUGCACAUGGCCAUGCCCCGCUUUUUACAGGAGUUCUAGGGAUCCAAGCUUGGGUCCUCCUGCUGUGCAGCAAGUGCUGCUACCCACUGAGUCAUCUCCCCGGCCCAAGAAAUUAAAAUUCUUAAAAUAUGAAUGUAUUACUUUCAGAAUGUCUAUAUUCACUUUGUUAGGAAAAGAUUAAAAGAUUAAUGCUAUGCAUUUGGAAAUAUAUGUUUUAAUUACACAAGGCUGAUUUUUCAAACAGAUGGCAAGUGUGGUGGGUUUUUUGUUUGUUUGUCUGUUUGUUUUUUUGGUUUUAAGCAAUAAUAAGGUUUAGGAAAAUAAAUUGAUGUUAUGUCCGGUCCCAUUUUGGAAUGUGGUCAUCAAAUUCAGAACCAACUGAUACAAUUCAAGUUUUUUUGUGUGUGUGUUGGCAGAAGUUGCCUUUAUUUUUAGUCUCUGGCAGGGGUAAAAACACUUUGCAUGUCAACUUAAUAUUUUUUAAAGCCAACUGUUUAUUCAUUGGCUUAAAAUUUACACUCUACUAGAGUCUUAGCUCUGACUUUGAUAAAAUAAAUAGCAAUAUUUAGAGAAAAUGUACACAUGAACACCUUUUUCCAAAAGCAAAUGUAGAUUGGUGUUUGUGGCAUCAGUGCCUUCUAACCUAGUAACAGACCUAAAAGUACUCUGUAAACUUGGGGGCUUUAUAAACACAGGGCAACACAUUUUAUGUGCUUUUCCCCACUGACUCUGUGUUUGUGUAUAUGUUUGUGUGUGUGUGUGUGUGUGUGUGUCUUGUCUCUGCUUCCUGAGUGCUGGAAUUACAGAAGGCUACCAUGGCUGCCCAACUUUUACAUACAUUCUCAGGAUCUGAACUCCAGUCCUCUAACUUGCAGCACUGAGCCAUCUCCUCAGGUCACUUGAUAUAAUUUUGUUAUGGAAUAAUCAGAACACGUUUUUAGUUUUCAAACAUAAAUUAACUUUAUGCUAGCAAGCUCAGUGUGGCUCCAAGUUUCAGUGACGUGUUGAGGCAUUUUAUUAAUGUGUAUGUAUACCUUUUUUCGUGGUUUGAAUACUUUUGUUCUUUGACAGUUUCAUGUGUAUGUGCAGCAUAUCUUGAUCAUAUCCACCUUAACUCUCCCCUCCCAUUCUCCAACAUGUCGCCCUUACCUUCAUGUACUUAAAGAUGAUGGUGAUGAUGA